AAGACUUCAUCAUUGGUCCUUUAAAUCGCGUCAAAAUCAUGGUAUACCACCCAUCUUCUCUCAGCCAUUUCCCAAGGAAGCUUUGGGAUGCAUUCAAGCUUUUCAUCACAGUCCUUGCAUGAUGAUUCCUCUGCACAGACUCCCCAACCUCUGGCACGUAAUCAGACGUCCGUAGUCAGUUCUGCGUUCAACACUGUGCUGCACCACUUCAAAAAACAUGUAGGCGUCGGUAUCAUAUGCGCAGUGGGCUAUUUCGAUCCCGGAAAUUGGACCGUCGAUAUUCAAGCAGGUACUACCUUUGGAUAUCGACCCAUGCUAUUCAUCAUUCUUCUCGCCGGAAUCAUUGCAAUUAUUUAUCAGGUGUUGGCAGCUAGACUCGGCUGCGUAACUGGUCUAGAUUUGGCUUAUCACUGUAGACUUCUUUUUCAUGACCAUCCAAAACACCCACGGUUGGUCCGGCGACUUGUGCUGUAUCCUCUCUAUGCACUGUGCGAAAUAGCCAUCAUCAGCACGGACCUUGCAGAAUUACUUGGUUCGGCAAUCGGUAUCUGCUUGCUUUUUCCACAGCUCCCCAUGUGGUCUGCCGUGCUCAUUACCGGUAUCGACGUUUUCGUCUUCCUCAUCAUAGGCGACCCCUCGCGAACAGGACGUCCAGUGCGGCUUUUUGAGUUGGUGAUCAUAAUAUUGGUUGCAGUUGUCUUCAUAUGUUUCAUCUUGCUACUAGUCAAGGUUCACCCAAAUUGGCCACAAGUGUUUUUGGGCUUUGUGCCAUCCUCGGGUCUUCUUCAGACAAACCCUAACGCAGUCUAUACAGCUAUUGGAAUCAUCGGUGCCACUGUCAUGCCCCAUGGGCUGUUUCUGGGCUCGAAUCUUGCAACCCAAGAUCGUGUUUCACAAUCGGCCCAGCCACUUCCGACACCUGCAGACGUAAGGCGGCCGUCAUUCUUCCAAAGACUUGAGCGGUUUUGGAGGAGCAUUAUAUACUUUUCACGAUCAGAACAUAAUAACGGGAAAGACUAUACCUCCCGACACGGGUUUCGUCAGAACAACUCAAUAGAAUUCAUUCGCGCUCAUCUUGGCUACGGAACUGUCGAUCUCAUACUCAGUCUAUUUGGACUUGCGGUGCCGAUCAACUCGGCGAUAUUGGUUUUGGCCGCUGCUAUGUUCUAUGCGUCCGACAGCAACGACUCAAUCGGACUGGUCACCAUGCAUACCUUGAUAAUACAAAGUCUUGGGGCACCCGCGGCCUUAAUGUUUGCACUCGCCCUCAUCUGUUCAGGCCAAACUGCCAGUGUUACGGCAACGCUUGCGGGCCAAAUUGUCUCCGAAGGGUUCAUAUCGUGGAACGUCUCUCCAUUUGUCCGCCGUCUUCUCACACGCCUGAUUAGUCUAAUACCCUCUAUUGUCGUUGCUGUUGCAUCUGGAGGGGCAGGGGUUAACGCUCUCCUCAUUGCAUCACAAGUCGUUCUGUCCGUCGUCCUCCCCUUCGUCGCAUUCCCCCUCAUCUACCUCACGUCGUCAAAAACGGUGAUGUCUGUUAGAACGCCGAAAGUGAUCCAAGAAAAACACAUCGAUACCCUGCCGAUACCUUCCACGCAUGCAGUAUCCCUUGUUUCUGACGCACUGUCUGCCCGCCAGCCGCCCUUACCUGUGACCACUGGCAUUUCUGUUGUUGAACGAAACAUUGACUCGGAAAGUCAAGAUAAUCCGAUCAAACAUUCGUCAACACAGCCAUGCGAAACACAGGAAUACGACGUUGUCGACUUUAGUAAUGGAUAUAUCGUCACAGCCUUAGCAUGGGUCAUCUGGGUGGUGAUAGUGAUGGCCAACGUUUAUGCUAUUGCCAUGCUUGCAAUGGGAGAUACAGGACAGUGAAGAAGAAUUCAUUCAAACAAUAUUUGUUGUACUUGUGUUGUAUAUAGAUUUUACAACUUAGAGUACAACCGAGGUAUAUCAGAACUUGUAUGAUUAUGCUUGCCUGUUGUCG